UUCUGCUUCAUACACACUGAUUACCAAACAUCAACGACAAGAUCUAACAGUUUGAAACUAAUAUUGAUUUAUUGAUCUUUUUUAAAUUUUAUUUUUCAAUCGGCCUUCAUGAUUGGCUAUUUUUCUAAGAACUGGCACUUCCGCUCAAAGUUGCUUUGGAAAACUAUACGAAAUCCAUCACGGGGCUUAAACCGGAAGUGUGCAGCAAAUUAAUUCCUUUUGAGAAAACAGUCGAUCAAUGAUACACAUAAUCCAACUGACGUAUUGACAUAUGGGUGGAAUACUCUAGCAUGUAGAGACAUAUCCCGCCUGAGAGUUCAGAAUCUCACAGCCACUUUUGCCAGAACACUUCAAAAUUGUCUGUUCAUUUAUUUCUGUUGGUUAUUUUGUUCACCUUUAUCCAUAUUUUCUAAGAUGGCGUGUCUCAAACUAGUAACUAUUUUAUUCGCUUGUGUCAUCAUUGUUCCUAUUACUUUAACAUCGCCCUCUCUUUCGAUGAAAUACUAUAGACGUUACAACUUCGAGACUGGGAACUGCUCAUCGGGGACGCCAACGAAAGAUAAACAGGAUUGUCUCCGGCAGUGCUCAACAUCUUCGGAUUGCAUCGCCUUCAAAUACAGCACCUCCAUAGGAACUUGCAUCCGGUGCUCUGAGAAUGAGGUCUCAUCAAUCACUUUCGGUGGAUCCUCGCUCUACUUGCUACGCGGAGCUUCCGUGUUUCAAAGAUUCUCUGAUGUAGAGACCUACAUUUAUGGUACAAUCAGGUUUUUGAUCAAGAUUGAAUGUACGUUAAUGAAUAGCAGUAACCCUUAUUGGUACUUCCUGGAGAUCACUGCAAUAAAGGAUGGCAUGACGUCACUGAUGAUGAAAAUGACGCUGCAGUCUAAUAGUGACGUGGACCUGAUUUCGCUGAUCAACAACGCUUGGAUAGGCCACACUGUGUACACCUCGCCCGUUGUUUUCAAGGCAGGUGUCUCCCUGGACACUGUCCUGCUGGUCACGGCAGAGUUCAUUAAAAUCUACUUUAACACAAUGUACUGCUGUAGUUACCCAGUGAACAUCUCUAAGAACUACUCAAUAGGGGUGGGUGUGUAUGGGACUGUAAAUAUUAAAGAAUUUAGUUUCUGAAUAAUAUGGGAAUAAAAAGUGGUAAACGCAUUUGUGCAUAACAACAUAUUUCGUCAUCAAUGGUUUAAAAAAAAGAAAGUUGGGAAAAUAAAUUUGGUUUCAGACAUUCUUGAGUUUAAGAACACCAAAAAAAAAAAUAACACCAAAAAAACAUUGACACACUAAUAGCAAAAAAAAAAAAAAACAAAAAAACUGUAUAUUUUUUUUUAUAAUACCUCUAUUCAAAUCAGAACUUCAUGGAACCUGGAGGCUGGGAAGUAGGUGAAGGGUGGAACCUGGACAAGGAUCUAAAUAAAAAGGGGCUCUAUUUUCUUAGAAAUUGAACAGUCGGCGUAUAUCGCUAAGAAAAGAAUGACCAUCUCGUUGAGAACAAAUUAGACCGUUAUAGUUUUUCAAAGUAAAAAAAAAUAAAAUAAAUAGGCUUUUAAAAAAAUACAUGGCGUAGUCAGCAGUAGUGUACCGAUAACUGAUUUGUUUCAUACAUUUAAAGUUACUUUCAUUUUAUUAAUAGAUUAUCUAAGCUUUUUUUUAUAUUUUUUAAGUAGCCUAAAUCUAAUAUAG